CCCAAAGAGGCAGGGAGAGAAGAGCUGAGUGCGUGCGCGAGCUGAGUGCUUACGUCGCAGCGAGAUCUGUGCUGGGAUAAUUAGAGAGGAGUUGAGCUGAGCUGAGUCCUCUUUUAGCAGCAGCAGCCGGAGCCGCAGCAGCAACCCGGAGGGGUGCACCGGACUCUGGUCACUCGGAGCGCGCAGGGAGAGGCGGGUGCCGCGCCCACCGCCCCGGCGGCUCUGGGUGCACAAAGGCAGCGGCCGCCGGCGUGGCCUUUUCCAUCCAGGCGUUCGGGUCCCCUCCCUCCCUUCUCUCCCGAAGGCGAAAAUGGCAGGGCCGGGCGGGGACCUGGGACAGCGGUGGCCCUAGCUCUACCGUCCCCACCCCUCCUGCUGAGAGGCAGCGGGUUGCCCUCAGAGGAUGCAGCCCCAGCUACUCCCGAGUGAGUCUUCGGCCCGGGUCCCCGCUUCCGCCCCUCUUCUCUGUUCCUUCCAUACCGCCGAGAGGAGUUGAUGCUGCUGUCGCCCCCGCUGCCGCCACCGCCGCCGAAGCCUGGGCUGAUGGAUGCCAGGGAGUGCCGCAUUGCUUAGCGUCCCCGCCUCCGGGUUUGCUGACACUCUCUCCCCGCCCUGGAUCUCAGCGCUGAAGAACCACCUUAUUAUUAAUCAGAAUUCCCUUCGUUAUCCCUGGCAGGCGCAUCCUUCAGUAGGAACUGCAGAAACAUCACAGUGCUGGGGCUGAGAUGUGCGUGGGGGUUGUUUUUAUUACAUCUUGGAAGAGAAGAGAAGAGGACCGCACCAUGAUCAGAACCCCUCGUGCUAGGUGGGAUUAGGGGUGUUUCAUUCAGAGAGAGAGAAAGGACCAGAAGGAGCAGCGAGCAGGGCCCUCCAGAGGUCCACGUUUCUUUAAAGAGGGAACUAAACGGGGCCUUGUUUUUAGGGGUUUAGGGGGAAAGUUUAUAUCCUCCACAGUAAAGCUGUUAGAAAGCAAGUGCAACAGGGUACUUGAUUAAUCACGAAGAUCAAUUCUUUCCUGAAAGGAGAAGCAGGCAGCAGCGAGGUCUGGGGCCAGAGUGUGGAAGUGGCAAAGGCCAGGUUUGUUGUGGGACAGUCAACAAGAGCUUCAGAGCAAAGGCUCUGGAAAGACAGAACAAUGACUCAUUUACAAGCUGGCCUCUCCCCUGAGACCCUGGAGAAAGCUCGCCUGGAACUGAAUGAGAACCCAGACACGCUGCACCAGGACAUCCAGGAGGUGAGGGAUAUGGUCAUCACCAGACCGGACAUUGGCUUCCUGCGCACUGAUGAUGCUUUCAUCUUACGCUUCUUGCGGGCGAGGAAGUUUCAUCACUUUGAGGCCUUCCGCCUCUUGGCCCAAUACUUUGAGUACCGUCAGCAGAACCUGGACAUGUUCAAAAGCUUCAAGGCCACUGACCCUGGCAUCAAGCAGGCGCUGAAAGAUGGCUUCCCUGGGGGCUUAGCCAAUCUGGACCACUAUGGCAGGAAGAUUCUAGUCCUUUUUGCUGCCAACUGGGAUCAGAGCAGGUACACACUGGUGGAUAUUCUGCGUGCCAUCUUACUUUCUUUAGAAGCCAUGAUUGAAGAUCCUGAGCUUCAAGUCAAUGGGUUUGUUUUGAUCAUAGACUGGAGUAACUUCACCUUCAAGCAAGCCUCUAAACUUACGCCAAGCAUGCUGCGAUUAGCUAUUGAAGGUCUUCAGGAUAGUUUCCCAGCACGAUUUGGAGGAAUUCAUUUUGUCAAUCAACCUUGGUACAUCCAUGCCCUGUACACUGUGAUUCGGCCUUUCCUGAAGGAGAAAACUCGGAAAAGGAUAUUUCUGCACGGUAACAAUCUGAACAGUCUACACCAACUAAUUCAUCCUGAGAUCCUGCCCUCUGAGUUUGGAGGAAUGCUGCCCCCUUAUGACAUGGGAACAUGGGCAAGAACACUGCUAGACCACGAGUAUGACGAUGACAGUGAGUACAACGUGGACUCCUACAGCAUGCCUGUGAAGGAAGUAGACAAGGAGCUCUCCCCAAAGUCCAUGAAGAGAUCCCAAUCAGUAGUGGACCCCACUGUACUAAAGCGCAUGGAUAAAAACGAGGAAGAAAACAUGCAACCUUUGCUUUCUCUGGACUAGUAACUUCUCCACACCCACUCCACGGAUUAGAAAUGGAAGGUACUAGUUUUCAGCAACAGGGCUAGCACUGUGGAGGAAUUACCAGCUGGAAAUCUAUUUAUUCAUGUUAAUGUAGCAUAAUAUAUAAUAAGGCAUCAGGCUUUCUCAUUUGCCUGAACCAUGGGUGCCCUGGGCUGGAUUUAAAAAAAAAAAGUCAAUAAUUUAUUCUGUAAGUGCCAAGUUCUUUGUAAAUACAAUAUAAUCUUCAUGUCAAGUUUGUAAAUUUUAGUAGCGAUUUACUUUGGGAAAGAUUGACUCAAAAAUUGAAGCCAGUGAUAUGAGCUAUAACAAAAAGCAGAAAAGACACAUGAAGUAUCAAAGGUAACUUAAAUGUAGCCCUGUUUCCUAUGAAGCCAUAUUUCUGCUCUCAUAGUGAAUAGUUUCCUUGUUUGUCUCUGAAACUCAAUAUUCAAGUAUACUUUGGGCACAAGAAACUAUAGAAAUUAUUGUAAUUAAUGUAUUCCUAUUUAGUGAUAUUCACUUCAGACAGAAUGUGUCCUAGGACUAUCACUGGCUUUGCAUUCUGGAGACAGAGAAUGACAGAUGAGCUGGUGAACUAAACACUUGAACUCUUUCAUGUUCAUUCCUGGAGUCUUUCAAAAAGAUGUCUCCCCACUUAAAAUGUGGAAUUUUGAACUGCUGUCUUCACCACGUGUCCUUUAUUCAAGACCCCCUCGUUCCCCAAUGUGAUGUACUUUAAAAAUGUUUCCCUUCAAAACUCUUUGGCCAAGAAAAUGAAAACCCAUAUGUGACUAGCAUUUUGACAUCUAAUUUGGAAAACAAAAUUUGCCACUUACAAAUAAGUGGCUAAUUUCUAAUUGUUGUGCACUUGUUGAAAUAUAUAUAUAUAUAUAUUCACACAUACAACAUAUAUAUUUUUACUGAGCUCUAAUAAAUCCUUGAUGUGACAGGCUUAUAAAAUAAAUCAUGCAUAUUAAUGAUGUUAGAGAUGUUGCAGAUAAUUAAUUGCCUGGGAUACUAACUCUGGAAAAUCACCUUCACUGAAGUUAAUGAAAAUGAGAAAUAGUGAAACACACUUUAAUGUACCUAUAUAAGGGACAUACAAUAUACUUUAUAAUAUAUUUUGAAUAUGUGCCACUUUUCUGAAAUAUGUUUUUCCUUCAAACAAUAGGUCUCAACAUUGUGUAGGUGAACAAAAAGUAAAUUAUUUUUUCUCGGUUUUAGUUAGUUGUCAUAGAGUUCUUGUAUGUCUGCUUUUUUCCCCAAAAAAGAUUGAAAGAAUAUGCUGCAACCAGGUUAUAAUGAAAGCAUGUGAGGUCAUCUGAGCAUAUGAUCGUUUAAAUCUGUUUUUAAAAUCUGUAUAUUAUUUAAAAUUUUAUUUUCUGAAAGUUUUAUGAUAUAGCAAAUUUAAGAUCUUAUUUUAAAUCUCAAACUCCAGCAUGAACAAGCAAGAUUUUUAUCACCCUUUCAGCAUGAUCACGAUGAAUUUUGAGACUGAGAAUUUACCAUUGAUGUGUUCUUUUGAAAGACAAAUAUCUGCAAUAACUGGGAAACCAACAUAAGUAAAGGCAUGUAAUGAAUGACCUUUACAUACUUCUAGCCAAAAGCUUCAAAAAUUCCCCAUUAUAAUUCUACUAAGAAUCUUAAAAUCAAACCAGUACAACAUUCUGCAACAUACCAAAACUGUCUGACAUUAAUAAAAAUAUAUAAAUUAACAUGAAUAAAAGACACUUUAGGAAUGGCAGCUUCCUAUCAAGAGCAAAAGAAUAAGGACUGUCAAGAACUCUACCCACCCUUGUUACAGAGAUUAGAAUGGUUGAGGGAUUCAAAGCUACAGCAAUUUUCUAAGAACACAACCCUUUAUGUAAUUAUGUUUCUGUUUACCUGACAUACAUGCUAUAGUUCUGGCUUUGUGUACUACAUAAAUAUGUGGUAGGCAGUAUGAUCUAUUGGAAUCCAAUAGAAAUCACAGAAGUACAGAAGGGCAAUCAACUGUUCUUUCUUAUGAAUUUCUCUGAAUGUGCACCCUUUAUUGCCAGUUUUCAGAAUUCUACCAGCUUCAGAUGUCAACCAGCACAGUCAGCUUCUUUCCCCUGUCAUAUAGUCAGUGUCAUAUAUAAAAAUAACUAGUAUCAUUUGUACUCUCUCCCUACCCCACGUUGGAAAUUUUGCAUCGGCAUUGCCAUGUGUGUGCCUGAUCUUGCUCAAAUGAGCAAUUGAAAGUUGGCUAGUUUGUGUAAAAUAGUUAAAAAUGAAUGAACAAAUCGCAGCAAUGAUGCCUUUUGAAAUUGCUAUAUCUAGUUCAGUCAGUGAGUAAACUCAUUUCCCAGCAGUUCUGAAGCUGCUUAGUCAAGGGAUUUUCGUUCAAUUCCCCUCAGCAUCAUCUAACUAGUGCUAUUUAGGCAAUUUUUUCUCCUCAUUGAUUUUUUUUUUUUUUGCAUCAUGUAGCUAUCUACUGUUAUAUAACCUAGUAAAUAAACAUCCCUAUAUUUUUUUCACCUUAAUUGCAAUAGUACCCCAUUGAUACUCACAUUUACACUAGUCUCCUAGUAGUUUUGCCUCUCUACUUUGAGAGCCAUAAUUCACUCUUUCAAUCAUCUUGUUACUUGAAAAUUGUGGAAAAUUUGAAAAUUUAAAGAGUUAUCACACUGAUUUGAAUAGUACAGUAGUCCAUUUAAUUUUCUUCUUCUUUUUUUUUUUUUUUUUUUUUUUGUGGUGCUGGGGAUCAAAGCCAGUGCCUUGAUCACACUAGGCAAGCACUAAAGUCAACAACUCAGCUACCAGCCCACACUCCAUCAUGUACUUCUUCUCUCAGCUAGACUACACCAUCUUUGAUUUCUAAUUUCUUUCUUCUUCCUUUUUUUUUUUUUUGUACUGGGAUUGAUCUCAGGGGCACUUGAGCCACAUCCGCAGCCCUAUUUGUAUUUUUUAUUUUGAAACAGGGUUUCACUGAGUUGUGUAGCAACUUGCAUUUGCUGGGGCUGGCUUUGAACUCAUGAUUCUCCUAUCUCAGCCCCCAGAGCUGCUGGGAUUACAGGCAGCUGUGUGCCACUGCAUUUUUCUGCCCAUAGUUUCAGGGAAGCUGCUUCCAAAACUAAUUUAAAAAUAAAUAAUUCUUGUUAUCAUUCCACCAGUGAUAUUUGCCUAUGUUUUGACUACUAUGUUAAAAAAUAAGAGGUUAUCAUGAAAAUAUACUUUUAAGAACUAUGAAGAAAUGCCUCUUUAAAAAUAAGAUAAAGCAGUGACACUGGCGUCUACAUUCUAUUUGUAUGCUCUUUCAAAAAGUCAAUAUCUACACCGAUAUUAUAAGGUAAAACAGAUAAGAAGGAUAUUUGAGGACCUGCUUAGAAUAUCCUCUUACAGUAUUAAGUCUGUUGUGUAAGUUCAAUAGAGUAACUUUAACCCAUGCUAUUUACAAAACUAGUACUAUGCUAAAAUAACACAAAGUAUUAAAUAGAGUUUUCAAAGCAAGGCUUUGAAGUGGGCAUGCAUGAUUUCUUUCAUUUUAAUAGUAGUUUGCAUAAGUGUAGGCAGAGGCAUUUCCUAAGUCUUUUCCUAUAAGAUUCUUGUUUGCUUCACAGCACUAAAAUUCACACAUUCAUGAACAGGAAACCCAAGCAAGUAGAUUCUCUGUAAUAUUGGUAACUAGGUCACAUUGUUAAAUCAACACUGAAAGUUUCUGCAGUAUUCCUGAGGGAACAGAAUUCACUCUAUUGCAUUAAGAUAAUGGAGAGUUGUUUUUAGACUAUGGGAACAAAUUUAUGACUCUUCACAAAAAGAAACCUUUAGAGCCAUGGAAAUGUGUCUUCAGGCACAGGAUUCUUGUGCUUCUACAAACAGUCUAAAGGUUUCUGGAUGUAUCUGUGGAGUUUUAAAGACGUUGUAUCAAGAAAAACCUGCUGAGAGGCUAUACACCCUUCUGUUGUUUUAUUUAAAGGUCUACCUUCUUUGGUUGGCUGAUAAUGUCUCUUUGCUUCUUUUUUAUUUAUUUAUUUAUUUUUGUUUUUGUUUUGUGCAUCUAUCAACAUUUACAUAAAAAUUUGCUAUCAGCCAUGGAGGUAUUCCAGAAAGAGUCUCAACACACAAAAUCAAAUGAGCCAAGUUUGUAUGAUAUCUGAACUUUCAUAUAUGAAAGAUUGAAAUCAGUAGACUCAUAGGCAUAUAUUCUAUUUAGACCUCUUCUACAGAUGCAGAGCCUAAAACACAGUAGUGCUUUUUUAAUUUGUGAGGGCAUUCAUUAUAUCAUGCAAGAAUAGAAAGAUAUACAAAUGUAUCAGAACACAAGAAGAGGAUUGGCUGAAUAUCCAGGAUGAAUAUAAUCUUCAGUAAUGGAAAACAUUUAUUUGUCUUAUUUUGUCUCUGUUGAAAAAAACAGCUUCUCAUAUGCUAUGGGAACUAUUUGGCACUGUUUACUACUUGAAAGCAGUAAAUAAGUAGAAAUAGAAAAAGAAAACUUGACUUUCCAACAUUAUCAGAUCAAAAUAUUUAAAACUUAGAGAAUAUUGUCUUUCUUUGAAAACAAGUUCAAGUUUUAAUUAUAUAACUAUAUUGAGGUUAACCCCACAUAAAAGUAAUUCUACAAGGUCUGUUCUGUUUAAAUAGGAGAAUGAAUUCCUCAAUAAUGUUGGAAAAAUAUAAAUUAGCAAUUCUAUGUAUUGAAACACUCAUAUAAGGCUUUGAGUUCAAUGAAAAAAGGAGUAUGAAUGGUAAUGUCAUAAAAAAUUAUAAACCAAAUACUUAUAGGUACAAAAAGGCACUUUUAAAGCAAAUACUGGAAAAUGUCAACAAUUUACAUGGUAUUUGGUCAGUAUUUGAUUUAGCUUCAAAUCUCAAUGUAAAUAUUUCUGUCCUUAAUAAUAUAAUUACAUCAAUAAUGUCAGAAUUACUAUUUGUGGUGAAAGAGAUCAACCUAGAUUAAAAUUGAACUAAAUUUUAACAAAACUUUUAAGCAUGAACCAAUUUCUAACCAUUUUGAAAAAUUACCAUGAACUACAAUUGUUAUGCAUGUCACAGAGAUUCAAAGCGUUUGUCUUGUUUCUGAUGUGUUUUUUCAGGUUUCAUGUUUGUUUUUAAAAUAUAUAAAAUCUCAAAAGUCAAUUUUUUUUAAUGUUCAAUGGUUCCAGGAAAAAAAAAUGUUUAGGAGAAAGUUAUACAAGCUUCUGAAGAAUAUUAAGCACACUAUUUAUUAUUGGGCUCAAAUUAUGUAACUCUUUAUUACUAUACACUAUUUAUGUACUACUAUACACUGUUUACUAUUUGAUCUUUUAAGGAAAUUCUUUAUUCCAAUAUACUAUUGUAAAUAAUGUAAUAUAAUUUUGGAAUAAGUAUACAUUUCAGUUUUAAAAAUACAUUUAUUUUGCAUAUGAUGUAUGUUAAAUUUGGAGGUACUAGAUCUAUAAACUGGAGAUUUAUAAUACAGCAUCUAAAUAUUGACAGUAUUUUUAUUUUGACAGAAAUAGCUGGCUAUUUAGGUUGGGAUACUUCAAGUUUUCUAUUAUUUGUAUUGGGUUUAAGAGGAAAAACAUAAUUCGUUAUGUAUUUUUUCCUUUAAAAAUAUUCAGUAUUCUAUAUCUUCUAGACAAAUUUUCAAAAGAUAAUUUGAAUGAAGAAGUCAACCUUUAAGUUGUAUAUAACAGAGGACUGAUCAUUAAAUAAAAAUUUAAGAUUUUAAUAUCCCUUCAUAAAACUGUUAGAUUAGAUGAGAGACUAAAUUCAAAAGUUUGAAUUGAAAAAAAAAUGAAGAAUAAAGGAAGAGAGAAAAUAGAGUAAAAAGAAAAGAAAAUCCACGUCUGUUUUUUUUUUUUAAAUCUGCUAAAAAUAAUCACAGGUUAAAAAUAUUAAGUAAAAUAAAUAAAACCAUUCAGUCUGAUUUAAGAAAGAAUGCUUACUGAGUCAGUACAACUUUACAUCUUUAGUGACUUUCUGUUAAUUUACAUGUGGAUGAAAAUUCACCUAAUGAAGUAAAAGACUCCUUGACACUUGAAUUUACUUAAAAACUUCUAUAGUGGACCAUGGCACUGUUUGGCCCAACCGCAGAGGAUUUUCCUGUACACAGCUGCUCCUUUCUAAAGCCAUGCUAGGAAGAGACCAGUUUCGAGCAGGGAUUGGGGAAGUAUCCCAAGUGAGACCACACCCAGGGUAAUUAGAAAAUGCAAGAAAAAAGUCAGAGAUGCAUUUUGACCUUUUGUUACCUCCUUCUUUAGGAGCAACAAUGGAAAAUAUUUAUAAUUAAUACAGAAAUCUAUUUAAGAAGGUCAGGAGUUUCUGAUAUCAUGUGUUCAAUGUUUGGCCAAUGGAAAGAGACAUGAGGAAGUGCUAGUCAGGGCUCAGGUGUGGAGGGUUUUCCCAUAGCAACAUUAUACUCAAAUGCUUUAUGUCUGAGCAUCACUUCUUCCCCUAAAAAUAAAAAGUAGUAUGCUCUCUUCUUCCUUUUUUUUCUAAUCACUAUUACCAAAGUAUCAGUCAGAACCACACAUACUUUGUUUGCUGCCUUUAAAAAAAAAAUCCAUAUCAUUUGAAUAUAAACACAAUUUACUUAGCUGCAUAUGAUUGAAAUAUUUGCAUGAUGGUUUAUAAAUUAUGACCUAAAAGUUUUUAAAAAUAGUAUGAGCAUAACAUUUUAGUGCUCGAACAUUAUUACAUGUUCUUUGUAUCUGGGAUUCAUGGAGAAGGCUGUGAAUAUCUUUUCUUUUGCUGUCAUAUGCCAUUUUCUUGGAUGUGUAAAGACAUCUUGGUUUUGAAAUUUACAAAACCACUUUCAUCCUGAGCCUGCUUCCCUUUACUUUUCCCUCUCACCAAGUAUUGACUCCAACAUUAUAGUUUCUAGAGCUAAAUCUUUUGAAAUAUCCCCCCUCAAAAUCACAUCCACCCAUUUCACCCACACUGUCUCUCUCUUUCAAAAUACACCCACACUGACAGCUCUUCUAACCAUCAUCAGUACACUCGGCCAAGAUUCUCCUUUCUUAUGCCCUUAGCUGCUAGAGUCAAUUAUCAAAACAUUAGCUAACAUAAGCCUUCUAAAAUGUAAGCACUCAUUAUACUCUUCUCAAACCCCUUUGAAAGAACAAAACCCGAAGUCCUUACAAACAUGUAUGAGGAGAGUAGAUAUGAAGUCAUUAAGCACCAGUGUAUCAGAAUAGCAUAUUUUCUGAUUGGGCUGGCAUUUUUACCUAUAGGAGGCAAAAGAAGUGUUAAAUACUUUUAUAUUUUGUUUCUAAAGACCUCUCUCCUGGCUGUGACUUUUCUUACACCAUCUCUUAAGAAUAGCUCCUUUAUUAUUCUUAAGAAGAGCUCAAGAUUAUGGCGAAUCUUAGUGUUCGAUGAGCCUGCCAAAUGCACCUCUGCUUCAAGACUUUCACUCUUCUAUAGUCUUUAUAUUUCUCCCAGAUAUCUACAUAGCUCAUUCCCUCAUCUCCUUCAGGUCUACGUUCAAUUUUCUCCUUCUUAGUGAGAUCUCUCUCUUCUAAUUUAAAAUGAAAGAGCCCUAUAGUUGUUCAUAUUCUCCUUUUUUGCUCUAUUCAUUCUCCAUAGUAUUAAUCACCAGAUACACCACAUAGCUCAUCCACUUAUCUUACUUAACAUCUCUGUCCUAUAGAAUAUGAACCCCACAAGAGCAGGGAUUUUUGUCAGUCUGUUUACUCAUGCAUUACCAGUGCCUUGAAUAGUGCCUGGAACAUAGUAGCAGAUCCAAAAAAGAUUUCAUCAAAAUUUUAAUUGGUUUCUUCAAGUUACACUAUACAGUAACCAAUAACAUACAUUUAAGAGGAACUUUUGUAGUUUGUUUUUUUAACUUAAAAAAUCUUAUUCCUCUUUCAAAGGGAAAACCUGCCUCUGAAAAUGAUGAAAUCAUGAACCAGAAAUUAUGUCUUCCUCUCUCUAAAUCUGAUCUCUAUCCCAGGGCCUAACUUCUACAUUUUUUUUUCCAGGUUUAUCUUUGAAAAUGACUCUAAAGUAAUUGGGCCCUAUACCCAUCAUGCACAUAGCUUAUAUUUAUUCUUUGAGACUAGAAUCUUCAUGUAGAACAUCAUUUUGAGAUCAAAACCAUACUGAAUUGCUCUUUGUUGAAUAUUCCAGUUCAUUUCAAAUUUAAAAGUUGCCAUGAGUUAAAGACCAUAAUUCCUCCAACAUUAGAAGCUAGUUUAAAAACUAUGCCAUAUAGUUAGUUACUUUACUGUAAAGGAGAAAACAAGGAUGUGGAAAAGGAGAAGAAGGAGGAGAAGGAACAGAAAUUAUGAUCAUUCCCUUUGAGUCAUAAUUAUAAGAUGAAUAGGAAAUUAUUUUGGUGUUUUAAAGAUCUAUCCAUAAUCUAGAAAUAUAUAUGUUGGAGCCAUUUAGUCUAUAAAUCCUUUUAACAGAAGUCUCAUAUCAAAUGGGUUUUAUAUUUCACAUAUUUUUAGUUUGAAAAUCUAUAGUUCUGAUGUACAAUAACAGGCAUUGUUUACCCUCAUAAUAUUCUAACUGGAUUCCCAACUUCCUUCUCCUCUUUAAUUCUAGAUAUACUUUUUAGAAUUUUACAGUCUUAUUUGUUACUCUCACCUAUCUCCAUAGUUUUAUUUCCUACCACUUGUUCUGUAUUCUCCAUAUUUUUACUAAUUAAAUAUCCUAGAUACUGAUUUUUGGAUGAGGGGUUUCAGAUUUUCAUCCUUCACUGUUUAUCUUUUUGUUCUUACCAACCCUUAUAUUUCUUUUACUCGCCUACAUUUUUGUGCCUUUCCCUCAAUGUGAUAGCUCAGACCUUCAGUUUUCAUCUCCUACCAGGCCUUCUGUGAAAAAGACACUGAAAAUAAAGACUUGGCAGGCGGUCCUGAUGAAGGAAGCUCAACCUGAAGAUUAAGGAUAGAUGUUUGAAAAAGUUUUCAGAAGUCAACCAGACUUUCAGUGGCUUUAGGAUCUAAGGGGUUUCACCUUGAGUAUUUCAUAGGAUGUCAAUAAUCAGUUUCACUUGUGUGCAUUGUCAUUCACAAGGAAUACACGGCAAUCAGGGUCAAAAGAUACUUUGGGAAAACCUUCUCUAGAGAAGAGUUUAAUGGCUCUUGCUCAGGAAAAAGGCAGAAUUUUCUUGUGUUUCUUACUAUUUGAUCCUUGACAGUCUGUAUGAUGGAAGCCAUUUCCCUCUGUGAUGUCCUUUUCAUUGCCAGCGUUUAAGAAUGCGUUUAGCAUCACUUCAGAAAUAACGAGUUCAAGCUCAAGUAUACACAGUACAUGGAAGAUACUGCCAUUCAUUGUCUCUUUUACUGAAUUUUGUUUCUUUUUAUAAUUAUCUUUAUGUUUGAAUCCUAAGAAUAUGUUCUUUGGUGAAUUUUAUUAAUUACAUCCCCUUCUAAUGGAUUUAAAUUUUUUCCAAACCAGGUCACUGUUUAUUAUGUUAUUAAAAUGAUAAUAUUUCAUUUCCUAUUCAAAAAGAAACUAUUUUGUUGUCUUUGCUGAUUUGUGAGGAUGAAUGGAGUUCUAUUAAAUAAAAUGUCACUAAAUGAAAUUCUGGAUUUGCAAAUAUAGGGGUGUGUAUGUGUCUACACAGUUUUUCAUCAGACGCUAAAUUUCUACCAGUAGGAAACAUAUCAAAUAACUGUAAAUAAAUGUUAAAGUAUCAAGACAUGAAAUUGAUGUUAAUAUAUGGAAACAUAAAAUGCUUUUAAAACUGACUCUGAACAUAUGUGGAUAUGUUAUGAUAUUGUUUUGAAUUUACUGUUUAUUGGAUCAAAAAUAUCUGAUAAUAUUUAUAUAAGCUUCAAAUCUAUAGGAAGACUGUCCUGUCUUCUAAGGAUAAUAGAAUAGAUACAAUACAGUGUCACUUUUAAGUUGUUGCUCUGAAAGCAGUGGAGUAGAUAGGGUGAUGAGUUCAGCCUAUUUCCUUUUCAUAUUUACAAAUUUAUUGAGCACUUAACCGUGUCACAAGCAUAGGAGUAAAUAAAACCACAAAAUAAAAAAGUCACCCAAAAAGUCACAUUCUGAUGGAGAUGACACAUUAAAAACAGAUAAAGAGCAGGCUGGGAGUGCUUAACUAGCAUGUACAAGGCCCUGGGUUCAUCCCUAGCAUACACCACACACACACACACACACACACACACACACACACACACAAGAGCCUUAUGUGGGUUUAAGACUUACUAAUGUCAUUGUGUGACCUUGGGCACUGUUUUCUCACCUGUAAAAUAGGACACUAUUUUCACCAACAGUAUGAGCUAGAUUUUGUCAUGUAUCCUUUUGAUAACCUGACUUCUUCCCUUUCAUGAAGAAACUCAAUGUAAUCUCUCUUAUCCAGGCUGUUAAGAGAGCUUGGGAAAGCUACUGUAGUUCUGUGUUUCCUGUCUUUAUUCUAGGAGCUGAUGGUGGUUUUUUUGCAGAUGCUUAGUCAAAGGCAAAUCAUAAUCAGUCUCUUUCAGGGUCAUCCAGGGGUACCAGCUUCUGGACAAAUUUUUUUUUCUCUUAGGGUAAUUUUAUACUUCUUUAAUUCAUUAUAACUAGAAAAUAAACAUUGUUUUUUCUAUCAGAAAAGAUAAAAAAGGUUUGAAAAAUCCUGAUAGAUUUCACAACUUACUCUUUUGUUUAGUCUCUUAUUUCCCCCGCUCUAUAGGCAGACCACAAACCUAUGAUUUCCAUUGAUGGGUUUAGGUACAUUAUAUGGAACACAGGUAAGGAAAGCUUCAACCAUUGUGGUUCCAAAGGUGCUAGUUUGGGCAGUAUUGAAAGGAUCAUUUCCUGCUUGUAUGUGAAAUUUAAUGAGAAUUUUUGUCCUGUAUCAAGUGGUCAUAUCAUGAUAUACCUUGAGAAACAAAUCAAGUAAAAUCUCUUUAAGUAUGGGAAAAGUACAAGAAUACUAUGAAUACUGAUCAUCAUUCAUCUAGGAGAAGCCACAAAUAAAAAAAAAUUCUUAUGAAAUAAACAGCAGACAACCUCUGUCUCCAUGAAACAUGAAUGUCUGUAUUUGGCUUCACGCAGAUCACUAAACCAGAGUGCCUACCUGUGUUAGGGUGAGCUGAUGCUGUGUUAAUUAGUGAGCAUAAGAAGUGAUUUCCUUCCCUUGCUGACACGUUGUUUACAAAACACAUACAGCUGGAAUCUCAUCAGCACAUAUGCUCCUGUGACAAAUGAUUAAAUUAAGAGGAAAACAGGAGGUCAGGGUGGAGUGGGGUGGAUAGCAUGAUUCUCUUUUCACAUAAUGGUUUUCAUAAAUGAACACUUCAGGCCACCAGCAAGUGGUUUAUUAGAUUUACAAAGGCAAACACAGAGCAUCAACUAUGAUCAUAAUAAAGCAUCUUGUUUCUGGAAGUCGACACCUUUCAGAGUACCUUUUUAAUGAACUGAUUUCCUCAUGAAGUCUUUAUAAAUUGAUCCCAGCCCCCUUUGCUUGUAUAUUGGAGAUUUAGACCAGUCUCUAGAAAGUAUAUUGUGAUUUUAUACAACUUAUUUUACAAAAUGAUAUUCAAAUGCAUUUGUUUACAGCAAAAGAUCUUAAACUUUAUUCUUCAUAGUUGUUCCUUUGUCAUUUAACUGACAUUAUGAAUAUGUUUUUAAGAAAAUUUCCUAAAAAUUAGUAAAAAAAUUGUUUGCAGAAACAAUUCAAUAUUUCUGAAGAAUUUCAAAUACCUAAACAUACAUGUUUUAAAAUAGAAUAAUUAUGAGAAAAUUUGGCAACUCUACAGUGUAUUUGAUUAAUGGAGACUGCCAAGCAGGUAAUUAUCAAAACCUAAGCAAAUAAUCAAAAGAACACAUUUUGUUAUUUUUCUCACUAACCCAAAGUCCUUUGCUUUUCACCUUCUUUGAGAUAAUAAAUGUUCUUGCUGAAAAUCCUCUUAGAGAUUAAUCUAAAUCCUUGACUUUACUGGUGUUAAAUGGAGACUUAUGUCACCUGUCUUGCUAGAAGUCACAGGAGUAGCUUUGAGAAAUGCUGGUACCAGAACCAAGGUCUUGACCCAUCUGGUUAUGCUGGUAUUUCUUUUAAUAAUUCUACCCUGCCUCGCCAGACCUUUUUUUCCUGUCCAACUCAGUUCUAUGUGCACAUGGUCACGUUUGAUUUUCACUAUCAUUUCCUGUGGCUAGAAUCCUUCAUCAGUAUUCUCUUAGGUAAACAUCUACAAAUGCACUCAGAAAUCUUUAUAUUCGAAACUGAUUUUGACAAUCUAUGGAUCUGGAAUGAGUCCAGUCCAGUGAAAAGGCAUGAUUUUAUCAGGCCUACACCUAAACCAAAUGAUAUUCACUCAAUAAGGCCAAUUUUCUUGUUGAAAAGCAGGUGCUUUCUGACUCGAACAAGUAAAAUGUUUCUCUGUGCCCCUUUCACUUCCUUUUUCCAAAAGUCUUUACUUGGCCAAUGAGAAAGAGAGCAGCUCAUCUCAGCUACUCAACUGAGCUCUUAACUUUGUCAAUGAGCUCUUUACAUUUGUUAUGACUUAAGGCCAGGAUGAAGUAGAAAGUUGGGAAGUUAGAGAUUUUCUAUAUUUAAGGUCACCAAGAAUGAUGCAGUGUAUGAGAGAGCUGUUGUCCUGCUUGGGAGAGAUUCCCUCCCAGAGCGAUUCAGAAAUUUCCCCCUACUCUAUUAAGUUAAAAAGCACUGCUUCAUAAGAUUCACUAUUGGAAAUUUAUAGAUUAGAAUUUUAACAGAUUAGAUUUUCUCAAAUCUUAAAAAAACACAGAAAAAAUGUGGAGAAAAGCUAUAGAUUCUAACAUGCUUUUUAAAUCUAAGCAUGCACGAAUAUGUUGUAUUCAUUGGGUCACAAGAUAAUAAAAAAGAUUUGCAUCAGGUUUUAUCUGACAUUAUCUCAGCAUUGCUAUUGUUGAGUUUGCAAAAGAUUGGCUCAUUGGUUUCUUGGCCGCUAUGAUUUUUAACCCAACUUUACAACUAUGUUUUUUAUGGUCUUAAAAAUGAUGUGUGAAAAAUAAUGUAUUGGAUUCACAUUGAGUAUUUAAUGUCACAUAAAUUCAUAUCAUAUUAAAACAAUAAUGCAUUUUUUAAAAAUGGCAUUUAUAGGGACUGGGGUUGUGGCUCAGUCAUAUAGGCUCACCUAGCAUGUGUGAGGCACUGGAUUC